GUCGUGCUAGCUCUAGCUUUUCGUGAAGUUGUUAUUCUGUCGUCCCCGAGAACGGUGAUACAUCUGCUCUUCAAAACGAUUCAGCAACAAAAUUAUUUGUAAAAACCAAAGUAUAGGCGGUACGCGUCACUUGUCACUUGUCACUUGUUCAUUGUUUCUAGCACUAAGCAACCAACUCAACAAACUUCCAUUUUGAAAACUUGAAGAAAAAUGGUAGAUGAAAAAUAAAAAUUCUCAGUCUCAUUUUGGCAAUAGGUGAAUAGGUGAUUGAUCUCUCCAGUUUCACAAAAUGGAUCAGCACAAUCGUCCCGCAGGUAAUCCGAAUCGACAAAAUGUCCAAUGGCACAUGCACCACGCAUACUGUAACUAUCCUGGGGCCCUUUAUCCAACUUAUCACAUGGCCGCGACUGUGAAUUGCAGAGCCCCGUUGCCCCGUUUGCCUUUGGUGCCCUACUACGCCCCACCGUUUGUUGGAAGGCCUGUUACGCAGCAUUACUCAGGCCCUCGGUUCAACAUGAGCCCAUACAAUUUCACAUUUGGCAGUAUGACAGGUUCAAGCGCUUGCGUGCAAUACAAGCCCGCCACCUCCAGCCCCACCAAUUUGGUUUCCGGAAUUCCUGUCACCGCCGACCCGGCCCCACCAGAAAGAUACAACGGUGGCCAAGUCACACAGUUCAGCAAGGAGCAGUUGGUCGGGGAACUCAACUCUGAGGAUUUUGUCAAGUUUUUGGAGCGCUGCUGCAUCACCGCCGAGCAAAUCGCUUACAAGAAUCGCUGCAGACCGUAUUUUCGCAACAUCCAGAGCUUGUGCAACCGAACCAGAUUGGAAAUCCUCACACCGGGCACCACCAUCGCCAGCAUCCACUCGCAGGGCCCAUCGUAUGCCACCAAGGACUUUAUCUACGCCUUUUUGCGUUUGAUCAACUGCUGGCACGUAAUGCAAGGCUACUGGGACAUUAUAGAUGUUUUCUCAGGUAGCGGCAUGGAAAAUAUCAAAAACGAACUAUCUCCGGAGUUCAGAUCUUGCUAUCUCACCUGGGAGAAGCAGACCAAGGAAAUGGCCGCUCACUUGUCCAACAUCUUUAACAAUUUGGACAAAAUAAAUUUAAACGCUCAUAGCUCAGGGGCUACCCUUGAUAAUAGUAUGCCGUCUCAGGUGGACCUAACCAAAAACUCUUCCGAAGGAACCCUUACUAACCACCCAUCCUUUGCCGACUCUUCCCCUCUGACCAACUUGUCAAAAACCGCCGACGAUGGCGUAAUGCAAUUGCCGGUAACUUCGACUACAGAAAAUGCAGAGCAAGAAAUUCAAACCGUCCCAGACUACGAAAAUUUCCCCAAUGAGUUGGCCUUCUAUCCGAGAAAGGGCUCGAAAGCGACUCUUGGCACUUUUGACAUCAAGUUUAUGGAAACCGCACGAAACGUUCAAAAAGGUACAGAAAUUUGGGACAAUAUACAAUUGUCCGAUGUCACGGAAAACCAAGCUGAAAUGGCUCAAAAGGAGUUGAAUGAAUGGCCGAUCAACAGUGAGUUGGAGAAACCCAAAAGUGGAAGUACCCGCCUGCAAGAACCGAAAGCGACCCCUGGCACUUUUGACAUAGAAUUUCUGGCAGCCGCACGAAACGUUCAAAAAGGUAAACAACGUCGCAAAUCUCCUUUGCCUACCGAAUAUGACAGCGAACAAAGUCGUGAAAUGGGAAACUCCAAUUCUUAUGAGCUUCCAGGGGGCGGCAUUACAGAUGCUGGACAGUACAUUUUGAUGUGUUUGAUAAAGAGCCUAAAGAUGCACGCCUUGGGAGAGAACCUAGAGGUCUUGGAUGAAAUGCUGGAAAAAAUUGUCUACGGGGAAUAUGUGCACAUCAAUGAAGUUGUCAGAGAGCUCAAAUAUUUUACUGAGAUGUGGGAUAAGGUUGAUCCGCGAAAGACCGGAUGGUAUGCGCAAAAAGUAAAAUUAUUGCUGGAAAAAUACUUCCAUGGUUACAAUUUCGAUCACAUUGAUGGUGACCUAAAGCAGCAGGUUGACCUAACCAAAAGCUCUUCCGCAGGAGCCCUUCUUAACCACCCACCCUUUGUCGACUCUUUCCCUCUGACCAACUUGUCGAAAACCGCCGCCGAUGGCGUAAUCCAAUUGCCGGUAACUUCGGCUACAGGAAACGAGGACCAAGAAAUUCAAACCGUUCCAGAUUACGAAUAUUUCCCCAAUAAGUUGGCCUUCUAUCCGAGAAAGGGCUCGGAAGCGACCCCUGGCUUUUUUGACAUCAAGUUUUUGGAAACCGCACGAAACGUUCAAAAAGGUAAACAAAUUUGGGCCAAUAUACAAUUACUCGAUCUCAAGAAAAAGCAAGCUGAAAUAGCUAAUAAGGGGUUUAAUGAAUGGCCGAUCAAGAGCGAGUUUGAGAAACCCGAAAGUCCAAGUACCCGCCUGCAAGAACCGAAGGCGACCCCUGACAUCGAGUUUUUGGCAAUCGCACAGAACAUUCAAAAAUGUAAAAAGAUUUGGGCCAAUAUACAAUUGUCCGAUUUCAAGAAGCAGGAAGCUGGAAUAGCAAAUAAAGAGUUGGAUGAACGGCCGAUCAACAGCAACUUCGGCAAAUUGCAAGAACCGAACAGUGUCUUCGCUUCUUCGCCUGAAUUGAAUGGUCCGCGAAGUGGUUCUGUGACUCUGUUGCAACGUCGCAAAUCUCCUUUGCCUACCGGAAAUGACGGCAAACAACGUCGCGGGAUGGGAAACUCCAACUCUUAUGAGCUUCCAGGGGGCGGCAUCACAGAAGCUGGACAGUACACUUUAGAGUGUUUGAUAAAGAGCCUAAAGAUACACGCCUUGGGAGAGAACCUAGAGGACUUGGAUAAAAUCCUAAUAAAAAUCUUCAACAAGGAAUAUGUGCUCAUCAAUGAAGUUGUCAGAGAGCUCAAAUAUUUUACUGAGAUGUGGGAUAAGGUUGAUCGGCGAAAGUCCGGAUGGUAUGCGCAAAAAGUAAAAUUAUUGCUGGAAAAAUACUUUCAUGGUUACAAUUUUGAUCACAUUGAUGGUGACCUAAAGCAGCAGGUGGGUCCUCUGAAGCUCGAUAUUUUUAGUGAUUGCCAUCAAUUUAUUUAGUUUUACUGUUACUUUAUUCUAAAAAUUAGAUCAAAAACAAUGUCAAAAAUAUACCUUAAUAACUUGAUCCUUAAAUAUUAUUUUGAUAAGUUUUUCUUCAGUUUCUCGAGUUAGUAGAUUUUUUUUUUGUAACGUGUUUAAUAAUUGUAUGUUAUAUUAAUAGUUGCAUUAUUGUUGGUCAAUUUUAAAUUGUUUGCGAUUAAUAAUUCCUGUUUUAUAACAACAGUAGUUGCGUUAGCUUUAGUGACUAUUUAUUCAUUUGUAAUUUGUCGAUAAAAUUCGUUGCUUGAUGCAUCA